UUUCUGUUUAGAAGACACAAGUGAAUGUAGCUGACAUGGCGGUAUAGUGGUGUGGGUGUGAAGGACAAAUUUGUUGUCGGAGGAUUAAAUAAUUCUGUACAGAUAAAGCGCAGCACGCUACAGACACAGGAUCACAUUGCUCUGGGUGUCUGAAGAAGCUGGACCAAAAUGCAAAGUAUCAAGUGUGUGGUGGUUGGUGAUGGAGCUGUGGGGAAGACCUGCCUUCUAAUCUCCUACACCACCAACGCCUUUCCUAAAGAGUACAUCCCUACUGUGUUUGACAAUUACAGCUCAGAGAUCACAGUGCAGUCCAAACCCAUCUGUCUUAAUCUAUGGGACACAGCCGGUCAGGAAGCAUAUGACCGUCUCCGAACCAUUUCUUAUCCCCAGACCAACGUCUUCAUAAUCUGCUUCUCCAUCUCCAACAUGACCUCUUUUGAGAAUAUCAAGCUGAAGUGGUAUCCAGAGGUAUCGAAACAUUGUCCCAAUGUACCCAUCCUUUUAGUAGGAACCAAAAAAGACCACAGGCAGGAUCCAGAACUUUUGCAGAAAUUAAAGGAACAGAAAAUGACUCCUGUCACUGAGCAACAGGGAAGAGCUCUAGCUCGAGAAAUCAGGGCUGUCAAGUACAUCGAGUGCUCAGCUCUCAACCAAGAUGGAGUGAAGGAAGUAUUCGAAGAGGCUGUCAAUGCCCAUCUGAACCCAAAGCCUAAGCGUGAAAAAUUCUGUGUAUUGUUAUAAAUACGCUGUACAGAAGAUCAUUGUAUAAAAAAGAAACCCUAAGGACUCAGUUAUUAUACUCUCUGAAACAUGGACUCCAAGAUAACCUUUGAAGUAUUUCCCAUUUAUUAAACUAACAUGAAUAAUUGUAUAAGGAAUUGAUGAGAACAAUUUAGUCAAAGAUUUCUCAUGUUUACAUUUGAAGGUUAAAUGGUUUUAACCUUCUAAUGUAGCUACUCUUGUAUGUCUCUUAUAUAAAAGUUUAAAAUAUAUAUUUAAAAAUUUCAUUUAAUUUCCUAACAAAUUUUGUUGGUUCUAUUCCCCAAAACUAGUAGCCUAAUUUAAACCACCACAAGUUACUAAGGAUGCUGCAAAUGCUAACAUAUUUGUCCCACAAACUUUCAUAUCUGCCCAUUUACUGAUAUCUCCUGCAACACUUUUUGUUGAGUACCGUAGGAUCCUAGUCUUGAUUCACUCCUCUAUUCCCAGAUACCCUGUGUACGACUGGCCUAUGACCACAUCUCGUGAUUUGUAAUGAAACACACAUGAAAUUAGUCACUGCUGAUUUUUAUAUAUUGGUGCUGAAUCACUGGCGUAAUGGAUGUGAAUAGUCUGUUAGUCAUUGAAUGUGGUGGUUUGGAUAGUCCAGGAUCCAGUAUUUUGUUAGUGAGACUUACAUCAGCAAUUACAAAAAACAACAACACCCUGGCCUUUAAUUUCAGGCAGCAAUACUGCACAGUGUAAACAAAAUCAUGUGAAAAUUAAAAAUAAAUGCACUACAUGUGAAAAAUGUGUAAAACAUAACAUGUAAGGUUAUAUGAACAUUUUUUAAGAUGACCGAAAUCUUGUUAAUACCACAGUCUGCACAUGUGAAUAGUCACAUGAUCCAUAAUCACACAAAUAACAAGAUUUAACUGAUUUCAUUAAACCUUCAACAAAUUAAACAAAAAGACAUUAAACAGGCCUUAAGUUCAUCUAAUGUCAUCUCAGUUGACAUAAUUAUAAUUAAAUGAUUUGAUUUC